AUGCCAGGAGUCGUUGAAGAAUCUCUGCGCCAACAGCCACUGCCAGUCAAUGGCGGCAAGGCCUCAUUCAAGGGCGAUAAAUAUGGCAAAUACCAUCCCGCAGACCCCCGCAAAUUAGACCUCGAGUCCAACUUUGGCCCAAUGGACCCAAAUACCAUUGGCUAUCUCCAACCGACUUCUGCAGACACCCCCAUUGACAUAAUGCGAGAACGUUUCGAUAGGGAUGGCUAUCUUCAUGUCAAGGGUCUUUUGCCCGUGGAGCCCGUCUUGAAGUGCCGCGCCGCUUACUUUUCCCACAUGUCGCCGAGCGGUCUGCUUCAACCCGGCAGUGACCCCAUAUCAGGAACCUAUUCAGGUGCCAACCCGCGAAAGUAUCUACCUCCCGGAAACUUGCGUCGACUGUUUGGACUCAAGGACGACCCCGAGAGCGACAAGUAUGUGGAGCUCAUGAUUUCUGCGCACGAGGCCGAUUUCUAUAUCAACUUUUGCAAGAUUCCCGAGCUGCGCGAGUUUGUAAGCAAGUUCAACGGCUGGUCCAACCCAACCAUGCUGCAGCGCACAAUGCUACGAGCAUUUGUGCCAAACAGCGAGCUCACACCCGUUCAUUUCGAUCAAAUGUACCUUCGCGCCGGCCCACCAACCAGCCUCACUGCGUGGGUGCCAAUCGGGAAUAUCUCCCUUGAGGGCGGUGGGCUGAUGUACCUCGAAAAGUCGACAGAUAUCGGAAAGAAGACGGAAGAUGGCUUUGCAGCCAACGCCAGCAACUUGACAGACGAGGAGCGAGUUAGCGCAUUCAACAAGAACAUGCAUGACGGCGGCUUCCUCAGUCGCGACACGGUUGCCUAUGGCAAGGAGGCCAGUAGAAAAUGGCUGAUGACCGAGUACGAGGUUGGCGAUGUCAUCUUUCACAACCCGUACAUGGUUCAUGCGAGUUGCAAGAACAAGGAUCCCAACGGUGCCAUUCGUCUGGCGACAGAUUUGAGAUUUGUUGAUUCAGAGAAGCCGUACGACACACGCUGGAUGAAGGUUUACAGACCAUUGGACGGAUUAUGA